AAAAUCCAUUGGCUUCAUUGUCCAAUCUCUACGUAACGCCCUACAUGUAAUUCUGUGUUGUAAAUUUAGCAACAAUAAUGUUAAAAAUUUGACUGAAUAAAAUUAUUUUUUAGUUCUAUUUUUAGUUAAUAUUGUUGUUAUAAUGUCUGUGAGUGCUAGUGCGGAGAACCUUUCGACUGCUGAUACACAAAGCUGCGAUGGAGGCUCCAUGUGUCUGGAGCUGGCACUGGAAGGUGAAAGACUUUGCAAGGCAGGGGAUUGCCGUGCAGGUGUUGCCUUUUUCCAAGCUGCCAUACAGGCAGGCACUGAUGAUCUGCGAACCUUGAGUGCUAUAUACAGCCAGCUUGGCAAUGCUUACUUCUACCUAGGAGAUUACAAUAAGGCCAUGCAAUAUCAUAAACAUGAUCUCACAUUAGCUAGGACUAUGGAAGACAAGUUAGGCGAGGCAAAGGCUUCUGGUAACUUAGGAAACACAUUAAAAGUGAUGGGCAAGUUCUCAGAAGCAAUACAGUGUUGCCAGCGACACUUGGAGAUAUCAAGGACAUUGGGAGAUAAGUUAAGUGAAGGGCGAGCUUUAUACAACCUUGGCAAUGUUUACCACGCCCAGGGCAAGCAUUUAGGACGCGCAGGACAAAGCGAUCCGGGACACUUUCCUCAAGAAGUACGUGACUGCCUUCUACAAGCUGUCACUUAUUAUGAAGAGAACUUGGAAUUGAUGCGCAGCGUAGGCGAUAGGCAGGCAGCGGGUCGGGCGUGUGGCAACCUUGGCAACACUUGCUACCUUUUGGGAGAUUUUGCGAAAGCGAUCCGGUACCAUAAAGAGAGGCUUCGGAUUGCCCAAGAAGUGGGUGACCGCGCUGCCGAACGCCGCGCUAACAGCAACCUCGGCAACUCUCACAUCUUUCUUGGCCAGUUCGAGAAUGCCGCACAGCACUACAAACGAACCCUGGCCUUAGCCGAAGAACUGGGCGACGCAGCAGUCGAGGCUCAGGCCUGCUAUUCCCUCGGGAACACGUACACUUUGCUACGUGAAUAUCGAGUGGCCGAAGAGUACCACGCGCGGCAUUUGGCCGCCGCCAGAGCUCUGAACGAUAGAGUGGGCGAAGGCCGGGCCUGCUGGUCGCUAGGCAACGCCCAUGCAGCCCUCGGCAAUCACGAGAAAGCUCUCUAUUACGCCAAAGAACACUACAAUAUCUCGAAAGAGUUGGGCGAUGUUCUGGGAAUGGCGACGGCACAGAUGAAUAUCGGCGACCUUUGUAAAGUGCUCGGUCUUCCUGCAGACAACAGCGCCUCACCACCGUCCCCCCGCGCCGCGCCACCCCCUCGCACGCCCUUCAAUGCGUUGCGUGUACGCAGACAGAGUAUGGAGCAACUGUCUCUUAUACAGAUAACACCAGAGGCGAAGAAAAAGGAAGCCGAAAGGGGUGAGGCGGCCGAGUCUCGUGGCGUGGCGCGAGCUAGCUCUGAAGACACGGACCAUCCAGCCGAAGUGUUCAUGGAGCUCAUUGCCAAGAGCCAGGCUCAAAGGAUGGACGAACAACGCGCUACCCUGGACAAAGAGAAUAGACCGCGCCCGCUUCCGAGGUCAUCGAGUGCCACUACUAACAGCAAAUCCGAGGCGAUGACUGAUAUGCUGAACAUGAUCAGCAGCCUUCAGUCUAAGAGAAUGGAUUCACAGCGAGCCGAGCUACGUCCGGUCCAGGAAAGCACGGGAGCCUCGCUGCCAGGCCUUCGAUCCCAACAGACGAGGAGUACGAAGCCUGAAGACGAUUUUCUCGAUAUGAUCGCUAGAGUCCAGGGUUCUCGUCUGGAAGACCAGCGCUCUGAGCUGCCUCGUCCGAAGCCCAAGGAGUCCACGGUGCCUGAUGAUGAUUUUUUCGCCCAACUUAUGAAGGCACAAUCCGGUCGGUUGGACGAUCAACGCGCUACGAUCCCGCUUCAAGAUCGUCAGAUCAAGGGUGCGUCUGGGUCAAGCUCGAAGAAGUGAGCUGAUGGACUAAGAAUCUACAAUAAAAUUUCACCCCACUACUAUAACCAUGAAAUGUUCUUUGUGAUAUUUUUAGAUUUGAAAUUUAAUAAUUGGCACCGUGUGUGUUUGGUAUUUUUAAUAAUUAUAAUUUUUAAACCUUUAUGCCAUAUACCUACAUUCCUUGAGUAAGAUUUCAUUUACCACCAAAGCAAGCAUCAAGUACAUUUAUUCUUAUUUUUUUAUUUAAGCUAUAAGUAAUGUAAUGAUUGAGGUGAAAGAGUUUAAGCCAUGUUAUAAAAUGGUAGACUUACUAAUGAAAUUGCUCCUUAUUUAAGCAAUUUCUUUUGACUUGCAAUCAUGGGAUAAUGUUGUCUUUGUAUAAUUUAGUAAAAAUCUCAUGAAUUAUGUCAAUUAUAAUUUGAUAUGCCUAUUGAGAUGUUGUCUACGAUGUACUCAUUAUUUAUAUUGUUAAAUCUAAGUACUUGUAUUUAUUUAAGUGACGGUGCUGGAGUAAGUGAACAAAUCUUUUCAUAUACAUUGAUAGUUUCCUGACAUUUGAAAUCUUGAUGUUUCUCUAAAUGUAGAAUGGAGAAUGUUAUGAAUGUCCAAACUAUUCGGUCCUAAUAAAUGUUGCCAAAUUUUAUAUUUAUAUUUAAAUGUUGAAAUAUUAUGGACUAAUCUGGCCUAUUACUAUAAUAACCGUACAUGGUGUGUACAAUACAAUUAGGCUAUACUUAGAUAGAGUUAUUCAAAAUUUACAGCAGUUUUGACCUUCUAAAAAGCCUCAUUUGUGUUAUUUCUUAAUUUUUCUUAAAA